AUGAAAGAGGACAUGGAUCCCGAUACGGGUGUGAAUGGAACAACAAAUGGGGACAUCCCUGAAGUGGAAUUGAUCAUUAAGGCUUCUACAAUUGAUGGACGGAGAAAGGGAGCAUGCCUCUUCUGUCAAGAGUAUUUCAUGGAUUUGUACCUCUUGGCUGAGAUGAAAACCAUCAGCUUGAAAGUCACCACAGUGGAUAUGCUCAAGCCUCCACCUGAUUUCAGGUCAAAUUUUGAAGCCACACCACCACCAAUCUUGAUUGACAAUGGCCUGGCUGUUUUGGAUAAUGAGAGCAUCGAGCGGCACAUCUUGAAGAACAUCCCUGGAGGCCACAACCUCUUCGUCCAGGACAAUGAUGUUGCCCGGAAGAUUGAGAAUGUUUAUAAUAAAUUCAAGCUGUACCUGACAAAGCGAGAUGAGGGGAGCAAGAACAUCUUGUUGGGACAUUUGAAGAAAAUUGAUGAACAUCUUGGAGCAAAGGGAACCAGGUUCCUGACGGGAGAUACCAUGUGCUGCUUUGACUGUGAGCUCAUGCCCCGCCUGCAGCAUAUCCGUGUUGCUGGGAAGCAUUUCCUGGAUUUCAACAUCCCCUCAGACAUGCAUCACUUAUGGCGUUACAUGAAAAACACAUACCAAUUGGAUGCCUUCACCCAAAGCUGUCCUGCUGACCAGGAUAUCAUCAAUCACUACAAACUCCAGCAGGGUGUAAAAAUGAGGAAGCAUGAAGAGUUGGAGACACCAACCUACACAACAUCCAUCCCAAGGGAAGUGACUGAGGAUCUAUACUGUAUUACACUCUGA